UCUCAGUCAAAGCCAUAAAGACCCUGUGGGAAUCUGCCGGUCAGACCUCUGAAGCAGCUCACAAUGACCCCAAAGACCCUGUGCGUGAUGCUCCUCGUGCUCUCGGUGUGUCUGAGCAUCCACUCCCAUGCAGUUAAAUUCCCGCACGGAAAGCAUUGGAACUGCUGCGAAACAGCGAUCCGCAGAGACUUGUCAGCGGAGGUCACUGGCAACACGUAUAAAGUCCAACACGCCAAAAAUAAGUGUGUGAAUGCCAUCAAAUUCAAAACGAGAGACGGACAGACCCUUUGUGCCCAUCCAGACGAACAGUGGGUCAAAAACUUGAUGGCUGGAAUGACAAACAAGCCUUGAAGUCAGUCGGCUUCUCGACUGUCCUGCAUGGCACACUUCAGUCAUCAUAUCUCAGGAAAUAACACCUUUAAAGUUCUUCCUAUGUAGUCGUUUCACAAGCUUUCUUCCUUUUUUAACUUUCCUGUGCUUGUAAUGUGUUUUUGUGGUUUAGCCACUUUGGCUGCAUAAUGCAAUAAAACGGCAUCAUUUGAUAUUUGACAGCA